CUGAAAAGCCAAAAAAAAAACGCUUCCUUUCUCUGUUUCCUCUCCAACUAAGUAAUGGGUUUUGCAUAGGAAUUUAUACUGAGCAGUCUUGGAGUAACCCGUUACCAUUGUUCUCUGCUAUUUUAGGGAAACAAAAAGUAGAGACAUUUUACAUAAUAACCCCAUUCCUUGUUGCUUAAUGGCGUCCUUUUCCCCUACAAGCUGUUAUUUUUACCUGCCUGAAGUCUGAACUGUCUCUCUUUUGCUCAAUUCUUUUUAAAUCUCGAGACUUUUGUUAAAAGCUAAUAACACCCAUUGCUUCAGUUAUCCUGGAACCAGCUCCAUUGCAGUUAUUUGGGGUUUUCAGUUUGAUGCUUGAUUGAUAGGUUCAUAGGAAAUUUCUUUAGGUUGCUUUUAAUCAUGGAAGGAGAGACUUCAUGGAUCAGCCAUUGCAUUGAUGACAUGUGUAAAGACAUUGGCGAGUUCCAUUCAUUCUCAGAACUUAGUGAUGAAGGUAAUAAAGAAACACCAGUUUCUGUGGACUCUAUCCUACCUGACGACUUGUUGGAACGGAUUCUGGCUUAUCUUCCCAUUGCGAGCAUUUUCAGAGCUGGCUCCGUGUGUAGAAGAUGGCAUGAGAUUGUCAGUUCCAAAAGGUUUUUAUGGAACUUUUCGCAUGACCUAUCGCAGAAGCCUUGGUAUUUUAUGUUCACAAGUUCUGAUGAACCAGUUGGUUAUGCCUAUGACCCGAUUCUACGGAAGUGGUACAGCAUUGAACUUCCCUGCAUUCAGACCCCGAAUUGGUUCAUUGCUUCAUCCUGUGGCUUGGUUUGUUUCAUGGACAAUGACAGUAGAAGCGAGUUGUAUGUCUGUAAUCCGAUCACCAAAUUUUACAAGAAGCUCGAGGAGCCCCCUGGUAUGAAAUUCUCUGAUUAUAGUGCAUUGUCAAUCUCGGUGAACCGGACGUCUCUGAAUUAUACCGUAUUCAUUGUGAAAUCUAAACAAGUUCCCGGUAAUUUUUUCCAAUGGGACCUUUCGAUACAUAUUUAUGAUUCUGAGACAAUGAUGUGGGCAAUCUCCUUGACUGAGGUUUUGACAGGAUGGAGAGGUGGAGAUGAAAGUGUGAUCUGUGAUGGUGUUUUAUAUUUUCUAAUUUACUCAACUGGGGUUGGUACACCAGAAAACCGACACACCCUUGUUACAUACAAUCUCUCUAGCCGAGCAUCCACGUCGGUAAGGAGUUUCAUACCAGUACCAGGUCCACUUACUUGCGGCCGAUUGAUGAACCACAAGGACCAGCUAGUAAUGGUGGGAGGAAUCGGGAAGCAGGAUCGACCUGAUAUAAUUAAGGGCAUUGGAAUCUGGGUUCUUAACGGGACUAGUUGGGUAGAGGUGACUCGCAUGCCCCAUAAGUUCUUUCAAGGAUUUGGUGAGUUGGAUGAUGUUUUCGCCAGUAGUGGUACCGACAAUCUCAUAUACAUCCAGAGCUACGGUGCUCCGGCCCUUCUUGUUUUCGACAUGAACAAGAAACUAUGGAAAUGGUCGGUCAAGUGUCCAGCAUCGAAGAAAUUCCCUCUUCAGCUCUUCACAGGCUUUUGCUUUGAACCAAGACUCGAAAUUGCUCCAUGAUCUUUUUCUGAUUGGAUUCUAGUUUCUCUCAUUAUGAUUGUAAUGUAUCUCAAUUCCGGAUAAGGAAAACGAAAUCUACACAAUGUAUGAGCUCAU